UCAGGACAGCCGUGGCGUGGUCAGCAUGACCUAACAGACGAAGGGGGCAGCUCUUCCCAAUCUUCUCCAGCUGAAGGAUGAUGGCCAGACCUUGGAAGGCGCCACAGCUCCUGUUGGCCAUUCUGGUGGCCCUAGUGGCCUUCAGCUACCAACAAAAGAGGAAGACAUAUAUAAGCGUCCUCAAAAUGAGUACGCUGGAUUCUUCCGUGCAGAGCACACUGAAGUAUGUCACGGAGGAAUACAACAAGAAAAGUGAUGACUUGUACAACUUCAGGAUCAUCCGCAUCUUGGAUAUCGAGUCUCAGGUAACAGACCACAUGGAGUUACACAUCACAGUGGAAAUGCGAAGGACCACCUGCUUCAAGACAGAGAAGAGUACCUGUGAUGUCCAAGAAGGGGAACUUUACAAGCAAAUCCGGUGCUACUUCUCGGUGUAUACCAUGCCCUGGCUUGAAAGAUACAAAAUUCUCAGAAAAAACUGCACCAGUGCCUGAGUGUCUUGGAGCGCAAGCUGUGUCCACCAAGCUUUGGGGUCACCCUGCAAACAACAGUAACCCUCUGCUCACACAAUAAAGAUGGUAGUCUGUU